UUCUUGGUUCGCUCAGUUCCGAAUUCUCACCCCUGCUUAUCGCCACUCACGGGAGGCACGACUUGAUCCUCUUUGCUUCAACAGACAGGCUCGAGCUCUGUCCAGGGUACGCUAGAUCUGACACGCGAAGAAUAAGGAACCAUACCUUCCCUUCUUGAUGCCGAUGCGCACUUCGAAAGUGCACGUCUUGGAUUGAAAGGUUUAUCACACUUAAAACUGUGAUCAUACCAUUGGUUAGUGUGUUUAAUAGUUGGUUUCAGGCUACUUUGUAAGUGAAAUUAAAAAAAUACACCGGCACCACAAUACCUAUUGGUUGUGCUUUGAAACAGCUUGAUCAACAGGUGUGAAGGCAGCAGAACAAGAAGUACCGGCGCCCUGCACCUGAACUCUUUACCGGCGAGCACAGGUGCUACUGUAGCCUCAAAAGUUGGCAAAAUACUGCGACAGGGUCAGAGACAAAAGAGGAAAACUAAAACUAAAAGCAGAUCGACAGUUAUAAAGAAAAACAAGUGACAGAGAGAAAGAGAGAGAGGGAGGGACAGAGAGAGAGAGAGAGAGAGAGAGAGAGGGACACACCUUGGAGAAUAGCAGAAGACCCGGCCCCCGGCCUGAGUGUAAGAGAGAGAGAGAGAGAGAGAGAGGGUGAGGGAGCGUUUUAAAGCCGGCACAGGCAUGAUGUCCUACAUUAAGCAGCCUCAUUACGCCAUGAACGGGUUAACUCUGUCUGGCCCGGGCAUGGAUCUACUUCACUCUGCCGUCGGAUACCCAAACAUCCCCAGAAAGCAGCGUCGGGAAAGGACCACGUUCACGCGCGCACAGUUGGACAUCUUGGAGGCACUGUUUUCCAAAACGCGCUACCCCGACAUCUUCAUGAGGGAAGAAGUGGCCCUCAAGAUCAACCUACCAGAGUCUCGUGUACAGGUAUGGUUCAAGAACCGCCGUGCUAAAUGCCGCCAGCAGGCGCAGCAGAGCACGGGUCAGUCUAAACCUCGUCCACCCAAGAAGAAGGCCUCUCCAGCCCGAGAGGCCAACUCGGAGGCCAGUGCCAACACUAACGGUUCCUACAGUCCAGUACCCCCUCCCCCUGGCACCGCCAUCACCCCUAGCUCCAGCAGUGCCAACGCGACUGUGUCCAUUUGGAGCCCUGCCUCCAUCUCCCCGCUGCCAGAUCCCCUGUCAGCCUCCACCACGCCCUGCAUGCAGCGCUCCUCUGCCUACCCCAUGACCUACACCCAGGCCCCGGCCUACACCCAGAGCUACGCAGGCUCGUCCUCCUACUUCACUGGCCUGGACUGCAGCUCCUACCUGUCCCCCAUGCACUCACAGCUCUCCGCCACCGGGGGCGCCCUCAGCCCCAUCACCUGCAUGAGCGGGCACCUCAGCCAGUCCCCUGCCUCUCUGUCCUCGCAGGGCUACACAGCCGCCUCGCUGGGCUUCGGGGCCGUCGACUGCCUGGACUACAAGGACCAAGCUUCCUCCUGGAAACUCAACUUCAACGCAGCUGACUGCCUGGACUACAAAGACCAGAACUCCUGGAAGUUCCAGGUCUUGUAGGGGGGAGGAGGUAAGGAAGGGACCAGCCAGGAGAAGCUCCCAUUCCAUUCAGUGUUAAAGACUUGGACACAUAGAUGGUCAACUAAUCAUUUCAGUCCAUGAACUCACUGACUGAGAAAAUGUCAUUAUUUUUUGUGUUAUGGAAAGCAAUGUGGAAGCAGAUCCAAUGAUGUUGGGCUUUGUGAUUUUUGGGAAGGUGACAAGAAAUCAGUGACCACAUCAAUAUUGUUAAAUCAAUGAUCUCCAAUUAAUACAGUAUUAUCAAUGUGAGGAUGCACAAUCAAUGGGACAUUGAGGUAAUAAAGUUAG